GAAUUUGUGAAAAUUGUCUAGAUGAAUGUUUAGGAACAUUAUAUUGUGAACAUUGUGUUCGAAAUUAUUUAAAAGAAAAUUUUUCAAACUGGACAUCUGGAAAUAAUGAAAUUGAUAAUUUAAAAUGUCAAAUGGAAACAUUUCAACCGCAAAGAAUAAUUGAAUGGAUUCCAUAUGAUGAUUUACAAAAUGUUAAAUAUUUAACUAAAGGUGGUUGUUCUGAAAUUUACUCAGCAGAAUGGAUAGAUGGAGGAUAUUAUGAAUGGGAUUCUGAAGAAAAUCAAUUAACAAGAUAUGGAGACCAAUAUGUAAUACUUAAAGAGUUAGAGAAUGUCAAAAGUACUAAUGAAAGUUGGUUUGAAGAGAGCAAAGCUCAUUUAACUAUAAAUAACAAAUGGUCGGAUGUAGCACAAUGUCAUGGCUUAACGAAAAAUCCAUCAAGCAGAAAUUAUAUGCUUGUAAUGGAUAAAAUGGAUAUGGAUUUAAAAACAUAUCUAAAGCAAUAUUAUAAUAAUAUUAUAUUGAAAGAUAGGAUACAAAUUGCUUAUGAAAUAAUAGAUGGAUUUACAGCAUUCAUAAUGAAAAUGUAAUUCAUAGAGAUUUGCAUUCCGGAAAUAAUAUAUUGCAUAAUGGUAAAAUUACCCAAGGUUUCUAUAUUAGUGAUCUUGGAUUUUGUGGACCUGUCGAUAAAC